GGUUCUAUAGAAAUUCUUUAUCAAGACACAAACGGGUUCGACGCUGCAUAGCGCAUGCAUGCAUACACUGCACUACCAAAGGACAGCGAUAUUUCGGGAGUGAUUUUUACAUUAAUAAUAAUACCGUACUAAUAGCAAUGUCAUGACAUGGAUUUCCUGAUGGACUGAGGGAAAAUGGAUGCGAUGAACAAAGAGUUGUUGAAGAACGGUGUCAGCCAGAAUGCCAGCCCGGAGGAGAAGUUACGAGUCCUCUGGAAGCUGUACACCCAGGCUGAAGCCGAUAUCAAAGCUGGUUCACAGAGCAUGCAGUUACUUCAAAAGAAACAAGCAGAGGAAAUGAAAGAGGUGGAAUUGUAUGUUGAAAAUAUACGUAAGCUGUCGGAGGAAAGGGAGGCUCUUACUCAAGAAUUUGAAGCAGAAAAUGAGGAACUAAAGGAGGAAAAUCAGAGACUUAAGAAGAGCAAGGAAAAAACUAAUCAAGAAAUCAAACAGCUCUUGAAACAGGAGGGCUUUGAAGAUCUAGCACAGCGUUCUCCCAGUGAGGCUCUUGCUUACUUUCUCGUCGAGAGGACACGUCUGUCUGAUAACAUAGCCACAGAGAGAAGGAAAUCCCUCACCAAUGAAUCGGCCAAGAAUCACCUCGAUCAGGUUCAGAGAGAUCAGAUUGGUAAGCUGGAGAAGGAGAAGAUCCACCUGGAGCAGGAGAACAGGCAGCAGAUCCAGCGAGUCAAGGAGCUUGAGCUUGAACUCAAGAUGAUCAAGAACAGGCUGGAGAAAGAGAAGGAGACGCAUCAUAAGGAGGUGGAAAAGGUCCAGAAAAAGGCUGAUGAACAAUUACAGAACAGCUCUGGUGAGGAAUCCCAGUUGAGGGAGGCUAAGCGUAAAUUAGAACAAGGGCUCACCACCAUGAAAUACCGGUUGAAAACCAGUGAAGAGGAGAAGGAAAAGAUAACGAAAGAGGUAUGUUUUGAACAUCAUUUUACACUUUUAUUGAAUCUUUUUUUUUUUUUUUUCAUGUGCUGAGAACAGACUUUAUUAAUCUGGCAAGGACGUUCCUGGGUUCCGUAACACAAAACCUAGCAAUGAUCGUAGAACAUUUUUCCACGAUUGAUUCCAUUGACUACAAUGUACAAUCAAUCGUGAAAAUCAAGCUUACGAUCAAUUGCUAACCUUUGUGUUACGGGCCUCAGGAUCAAUAUGAGUUAUGAUGAAUAUUCCUUGCCCAUUGAUGGUGUGUGUGUGUGUCCAUCCAUCGUUGGUGGUUCCAUUCUAUGGGCGAUGUCAUAGCUCGUCUCACAAACCGAUUAAGCCAUAACACCAAAUCCCGUGAAAAUUGGCCUUAUGGAAUCUUCAUUGUCAAGUAAACCACUUUCUAUUUAUCGCUUUCUAUGUCUUUGUUUAAAGAUAUAAUGUUGUAUGCACCUUAUUAUGUCAAUGGCAACAGGACAGACCCACUGUAAAAUUCCAGAAAAACUCUAUAAACAAAUUUUACAAAUGAAAAAUCCAACAUGGGGCAUAUUGGCACUCCCCCUUGGGGUUGCAUGUAAAUUUUUGGGAAAUUUAUAUCUGACUUUGAUCAUGUGCAAUCAUUGGCAAGUGAAUAGCUGAAUGCGCAGUUAUGUUUAAUGGGGUCAAGCAUGGCUGUGCAGGGGUACAUGUACUUCAUGGUAGUUGCCAUAAUGGCAAAGUCAACAUCGUUGUAACAAAGAAUACUUGUAAGUCUGUAUGAAGAACAGGCCCCUGUUUAGCAAUUGUUUGAAAAAUGUGACACUAAUGCAUUUAGAUCCUGAAAUAUUAAACACUGUUGGGAAAGAUAACAGAACAGAAUAGAAAACAUGAAAGUCGGUUCAUCCUGAACCAAAAACUGUGUAUAUUACGAUAAAUAGGGAUUGAGGAAAAUUAAUGUUGUUCCUUCACUCAUUGAAACAGUAUUGAUCUUUCAAGUUUUUCUGAGUGAGCACACAUUAAAGGCAAGAUUGUCAAUCAUCAUAUUAUAAGGAGAUAUGUUCAUACCACAUUGUGAGUUUUAGCAUUUUUUGUUCACAUGUAUGUAUUUCAUUGUGUCCUGACUAACUUUUUGAAAACUUGUGUUUUUACCCUUGACAACAUUUGUAUGUUUUAUGUGCUAUUUUUGUAUGUAUUUGAUAUUCAUAUUCAUUUUAUUAUUUUUCUUCAUUAAAGAAAUUAAAAAUUAUCUACUCACACAGUAAUAAUAAUAAAUACAGCAUUUAUUAUGCGUUAUCUACAUACUUUUUUAAUUAUUAUUACUGUGUGGGUAGAUCAUUUUUAAUUUCUGGUACAUGCAAAACAAAAAUUGUGAACUCAGAAUAUUUGCAGAUUUCUACUUAAAAAUGAAGACCCCAAAUAUCAAGCCCUUUUCUUUCAGUUAUUCGUCCCUUAUAGGCUCUGGCUAUUGGAGAAGUAUUUUAAAGCCACUGCAAUAAAAGAGCUUUAUAGCAUUUUAGCACUUGAAAUAGAAAUGGGCACAAUGCAUUAGAGUACUAAUCCUCCAUCAUUAAGUCAUUCUCAAUAGGUUAGUUUGGAUUAGUUGGAUAACAUUGCAAUCAUUUUAUCUGUAAUUCCUCCUUAUCCUGAUGCACCUCGGAAUAGUGUACUAAAUAGAUGGGCAUAUUAAAUGCUGUACGGUAUUUGUUAUUAUUGUUAUUAUUUUUAUUGUAUGGUUGGAUCAUUGAUUUUUAAUUUCUAAUACACGCAAAACGAAAAUUGGUGAACUCAGAAUAUUUGUAGAAUUCUACUUGAAAAUGAAGACCCCAAAUAUCAAGCCCUUUAUUUCACAUUAAUAACAAUCCCUUUUAGGCUUAGGCUAUCGCAGAAGUACUUUAAAGCCACUGCAAUAAAAAGGGCUUUAUAGACUUUGAGCACUUGAAAUCGAAAUGGGCACAAUGCAUUAGAGUACUAAUCCUCCAUCAUUAAGUCAAUCCCAAUAGGUUAGUUUGGAGUACUUAGUUGGAUAACAUUGUGUAAUCUUUUUAAAUGAUGAUGCUUUAUUGCACGACAGAUAUCUGAUUCAAAUACAUUGUAUAUGUACAUGUUCUUUUAGAGUUUAGAGAGUAUCGUUAAUUGAAAAUGUAAUAGUCUCCUUGGUAUAUUCCUGUUUGAUACUUGAAAAUGAUGGGCUAUUUUUAGAAUUGGACAGUCAUCUUCUCUCUUCUGGGGCCCGUUGCAGAAAGAGUUGCAAUCAAUCCCAACUCUAAAAAUCAUGUGAAACUUGAUUUUCAACCAAUCAACAGCGCGCAUUUUGGACUUGCGAUUGAUAUUUUGACUUGCGUUUAAACGCAACUCUUUCUGCAAUGGACCCCAGAUGUGGUAUUGGUAGAAUAUUAAUUGGGGUGGCUGGGGUAGCUAUUGGUCAUCUGUGCUUCUAUUCAUCCCUGACCAUGAUUAGGGACAAGCCAUUGUCCACUCCCCCUUGGUUAUUGAUUAAAUGACCCUUUUCAAUUCAAAGCACCACUUGAAUGGAAGUAACUGUGCAUUAUUGAAAAGAAAUUCCUUCGAGUUUGAUAGCGCUUUCAAAAAGACAGUGGUUGUUACUCAUCCGAUCAAUAUUUGGCUGGACAUACAUGUACAUGUAUGUUUGUAUGCUGUACAGAGGAGUUUGCCUGAAUCUGUUAAGAUUACUACUCAUAGAUACACAAAGUGGAAUCAUGUGGAAUUUCAAUUUGGAUUAACUUUUGAGUUUGAAGAUACCUUUGAACUAGUCAGAUUUUUGUGGAACAUACUCAAUAGCUACAUGUACAAGUGUAGUUUUAAUUUUGGUUUAUGAUGCCUUGCCUGGAGAUGUCCUACAGUGUAUUUUCAAUCGUGCAGUGUGGUAUUUAUUUUGACAUUUCAAGAAAGUGUUGAUUAUGCCAUGCAUUUUGGAGGCUGUUUAGAUCAAACGAAAGAUCACAUUAAGUGCGGCAAGUCAACAUUGCAGGCUAAGAGCAACAACUUGAUUGGAUUUUUAAUACCGAUUGGCUUUUGCAAGGCAUCUAUUUAUUUCUGUUUGGAGUGAUUUUUUCACCAAAGUGAAAAGGAAAAAAAAAAACAUGGCUGCCUACCAAGAUAGUAGGGUAAGUGAUUAAAAAACAGUUUGAUUUUCAAAAUUUUGUUUUGUGUAUUUUUUGAAAAUGUCUUUCUGUGGAACUACUACCCAAAAUACAAUGGCCUGUAUUCUGAAGUCAUGUUCAGCUUGCCUUGGUCUAACUCUGCUAAUUUUAUGGGAGCCAAAAACUAAAAAAUCCUCCUUAUAUUGUAUAUUUCUUACUAUUUUGUGUCUGUUUGCUUUCAUAAUGAAUAAAAUAUUUCAGUUAUCAUUCUCAGACAGUUAUAAAUGACUUGAGUCUCAUAAGAGUUAAUAAAUUGAACAUGUACCAGAGAUGUUUGCCUCAAUUGGCUCUCCAUAGUUAAACCACAACUUUAAACCAGGGUUUGAUUUAAACCCGAGAAUACUGGCCAAUAUGCUUUAGGUUUAAGCGAUAUAGGGCCACAUCUGCUAUAAACAUUCUACACCAGGGUUACAUGAAUCACACUCCAUUGGUCGUUAUUAGAUUGAAUAUCCCUUUUCUUUAAAUUUAGGAAGGAUGCUUUUUUGUGUCUCCUGAAAGGAACAUGAAUCAGAAUAAUAUUUUGCAAAUUUUAGUCUGUGAUUAUAAGACUUUUAUCAAGAAUAUAGAUGAAGAAUACUAGAGGAGGCAGGGGAGGAGAAGGAGGAUGAGGAUGAAGGAGGAUGAGGAAAAAAGGAGGAGAGGAGAACGAGAAAGGGAAGAAGGAGAAGAUUUACUUCUAAUUCGUCUAAUGCCAAUUCGGCCAAUUGCCAAUUUGUGUACUAUCUGUUCUGCCAUCAGUUCGUCCACUAUCCACAUGGUCUAAUUGGCAAUUCGUCCACUCACCAUUUCGUCAAAUAACGAGUUGGCCCAAUAGCAAUUUAGUCCAUUUGGUCUAAUUGGACUAAGUGUUAAUUGUGCAAAAUAAAUAUAUUAGACCAACUGGUUAUGAGACAAAAUAGUCAUAGGCGAAAUGGUGAUUAGACGAAGUGAUGAUUGGACCAAAUGAUUGUUAGAAGAAAUGUUGAUGGAUGGAAUGGCAUUAGACUAUAAAAUGAAAAGUAGACCAUGUGAGUGGAGGAGUUGGCAGUAGACGAAUUGGCAAUUUACCAAGGAGAAAGAGAAGAAGAAAAAGGAGAAAGAGAAGUAGGAGGAAGAUGAAGGAAUAGAAGAAAAGUAGU